UCUUUCUUUCUUCCUCUCUCUCUCUCUCUAUCUCUCUCUCUCUCUCGCAUCUCCCCCUUCUCUCUCGAUGUCUCUCAACAGUUUCUGAAGGGAUUGAAGGAAAGAAAAAUGAGGAUUAUUAUUUUUUCUUGGCACUUUCUCGGGGUGUAUUCCGCCCUUUGGGGGAUGGCGACGGGGGCUUUCCCCAGCUCAGUGCAGAUAGGUGGGUUGUUCAUUAGGAAUACUGAUCAGGAGUAUACAGCGUUUCGACUAGCUAUCUUCCUUCACAACACCAGCCCCAAUGCUACGGAAGCGCCCUUUAACCUGGUCCCACAUGUCGACAAUAUAGAGACCGCCAACAGCUUUGCCGUCACCAAUGCAUUCUGUUCUCAGUAUUCGAGAGGGGUCUUUGCCAUCUUCGGUCUUUAUGACAAGCGCUCGGUGAACACGCUGACAUCGUUCUGUGGGGCCCUGCACAUCAGCCUUGUGACGCCCAGUUUCCCCACUGAAGGAGAGGGCCAGUUCACCCUGCAGCUCCGGCCGUCCAUCAGAGGGGCUUUGCUGUCACUGUUGGACCACUACGACUGGAGCCGAUUUGUCUUCCUCUACGACACAGACAGAGGUUAUGCAAUACUGCAGGCAAUUAUGGAGAGAGCGGGGCAGAACGGAUGGCAGGUGAGUGCUAUCUGUGUGGAGAGUUUCAAUGAGGCAGCAUACCGCCGACUUUUAGAAGACCUGGACCGACGUCAGGAGAGGAAAUAUGUCAUUGACCUGGAGCCUGAGAGACUACAGAGCAUCUUGGAACAGGCUGUCAGUGUGGGGAAGCAUGUGAAAGGUUACCAUUACAUCAUAGCAAACCUGGGUUUUAAGGACAUAUCUCUGGAGAGGUUCAUGCAUGGCGGGGCCAAUGUAACUGGUUUCCAACUGGUUGACUUCAGCAGGCCCAUCGUUAUUAAAUUGAUGCAGCGCUGGAACAAACUGGAUCAGAGAGAGUACCCUGGAUCCGAAAGCCCGCCUAAGUAUACUUCAUCUCUGACGUAUGAUGGUGUUCUUGUGAUGGCCGAGGCCUUCCGCACCCUUCGUCGUCAGAAAAUUGAUAUCAGUCGCCGUGGCAACGCUGGUGACUGCCUGGCCAAUCCAGCUGCUCCCUGGAAUCAAGGAAUAGAUAUGGAACGUGCACUCAAACAGGUACGCAUUCAGGGCCUGACUGGGAACAUUCAGUUCGAUCACUAUGGUCGGAGGGUCAACUAUACCAUGGAUGUGUUUGAACUGAAAAGCAACGGACCACGCAAGAUUGGCUACUGGAAUGACAUAGACAAGCUUGUGUUGGUCCAGAAUGAAAAUGCUCUGUCCAAUGACAGCUCAGCGAUGGAGAACCGGACAGUAGUCGUGACAACCAUCAUGGAGGGUCCCUAUGUGAUGCUGAAGAAGAACUGGGAACUUUAUGAAGGCAACGACCAGUUUGAGGGAUACUGUGUGGACUUGGCCUCGGAGAUCGCCAAACACAUUGGAAUCAAAUACAAGAUCUCUAUCGUACCUGAUGGGAAAUAUGGAGCCAGAGAUCCAGAGACAAAGAUAUGGAACGGCAUGGUUGGAGAGCUUGUGUAUGGGAAAGCAGAAAUUGCAGUGGCCCCACUGACCAUCACUCUGGUGAGAGAAGAGGUUAUCGACUUCUCAAAACCCUUCAUGUCUCUGGGAAUCUCCAUUAUGAUCAAGAAGCCCCAGAAAUCUAAACCAGGUGUAUUCUCUUUCCUGGACCCACUGGCCUACGAGAUCUGGAUGUGCAUAGUGUUCGCUUAUAUUGGAGUCAGUGUUGUGCUGUUCUUGGUGAGUCGCUUCAGUCCAUAUGAGUGGCAUGCAGAGGAACCAGAGGAAGGCACAACAGAGCUCGGCCCCACGGACCAACCUCCCAAUGAGUUUGGCAUCUUUAACUCCCUGUGGUUCUCACUGGGCGCCUUCAUGCAACAGGGCUGCGACAUCUCACCACGGUCUCUGUCUGGACGGAUUGUUGGAGGCGUGUGGUGGUUCUUUACCCUCAUCAUCAUCUCCUCUUACACAGCCAACCUGGCUGCUUUCCUCACUGUGGAGAGGAUGGUGUCACCCAUAGAGAGUGCAGAGGACUUGGCCAAACAGACAGAGAUAGCCUACGGGACACUGGACUCAGGCUCUACUAAGGAGUUCUUCAGGAGAUCCAAAAUAGCCGUAUACGAGAAGAUGUGGUCAUAUAUGAAGUCUGCUGAACCGACUGUCUUCACCAAAACCACAGCAGAGGGUGUGGCGAGGGUCCGCAAGUCCAAGGGGAAGUACGCUUUCCUCCUGGAGUCCACUAUGAAUGAAUACACGGAGCAGCGGAAGCCUUGUGACACCAUGAAAGUCGGGGGGAACCUGGACUCCAAAGGAUAUGGGAUUGCGACUCCAAAAGGCUCACAGUUAAGAAACGCGGUCAACCUGGCCGUUCUAAAGCUCAACGAGCAGGGCCUGUUGGACAAAUUGAAAAACAAGUGGUGGUAUGACAAAGGCGAAUGUGGCAGCGGGGGAGGGGAUUCCAAGGACAAGUCAUCUCAGGCUCUGAGCCUGUCCAACGUUGCCGGGGUCUUCUACAUCCUUGUGGGCGGUCUGGGCCUGGCCAUGCUGGUGGCCCUGGUCGAGUUCUGCUACAAGUCACGGGCCGAAGCCAAGCGCAUGAAGCUGUCUUUUUCUGAAGCCAUGCGGAACAAGGCCCGUCUGUCCAUCACAGGAAGUGUGGGGGAGAAUGGCCGCGUCUUGACGCCAGACUGCCCCAAAGCCGUGCAUGCUGGUCACGCCUCCCUCCGACACCCCGGCCUUGCUGUGGUCUCCUCCGGACUGCCCUGAAAACCAAAAACACCUGCCGUGCCUUAACGACACACAAACAUACAGACUUCAACAAGGACACACACACACAUGUGCUUACAUACAAUCACACAUGUACCAUUUUCAUGCAUAACACACACACACACACACACAAACACACACACAAACAUGCAUAUAAUUACAGAUCCUCAAAUGCAAAUACUCAGAUACAGAGACACUGAAUACACAUUUUUACACACUUGAAUAGACAAACAUACACUCCGCAUCAUCAUCUCACUUUCCUGCUGCCAUUGACUGAUUUUACAAGAGACAAGUGAAACACAACUGUGGAGUGAACACAGUGGAGAAAAAAACAAAAACAAAAGACAACUAUGACUAUCACACUUGCCUGCAGCAUUCAUUUUUAUUGUUUUUUUGUUUUUCUUUUGGGAGGAUACCAUCCUGAUAUCGACAAAACCGACAGGAAAGCCAGCACAGACUUACAUGAAAUCAUGAACUAUGAGCUGUGAACAUGACCACGCAACUGAUCAUGAUGAUGAUAGAUGAUGAAGACGAUGAUCACAACUGAGAGUAUAAAAAAACAAAAAACGGACAACCAAACAAAUCUUUUCCUGCUCUGUCGUCAUUGGACAAUGUUGGCCAACAAGCCACACCCCUUGACUACGCCUUAUACUAUGACUACAAACAUUGUUUUCAUCAUCAUCAUCAUCAUCAUCAUCAUCAUCAUCAUGGCCAUCGUCAUCUUUACUUGCCUGCAAAGACUGAGUGCCAGGUAUUAUCACCCUUAGAAGACCAGAAAACUGUAACCUUGAACGUUUGGACUGUGCAAACCCGCUACUUUGCCAUGGACUGUUCAAACUGAAUGAAAAAUGCUUUCUUACUACGCAUAUAGAAUGAUUUCUCGCCCCCCAAACCGGCGCGAUAAUCAGCCAAUAUAGAACAGAAGUAACCUCCAAACACACACGUGUGGCUGGUCUCAGCCACAGAAAUCACAGGGGUUUGUAAAAGAAAAAAAAAAAAAGGAACAGUAGUGAUUAAAGAAGUCCUUCAUCAACAACAUCGUCAUGACAGUAGAAAUGCUAAAUAGCAAACUGAUGAUUUUUUUUCUUUUUUUUCCGAGUGGCAAAGGCGAGGUUUAAACUGUAUAUUCAGUGAUGGAAAGAAAAAAAUAAAACACAUGGGCAGAUCUCAUAUGGCUACCUAACAAAGUGCUUCUCAACCUGAACACUGGGACCUUUUAGAAGUUUGCAAAAUGAAUGAUAGAGGAAAUGGGAAUAAAACAUUUGGGUAAAAACGUUUUAAAUGUGGAAACAAAUACACCCUCCAAGUCCUCCAAAUAGCCGGACAAUGGAAAAGGUUAGUUAAAUUAAUUAAAGUUUAUCAUUCUUUGCACGUUCCCCGACAGCGGGGCGAAUAGAGCAGUAAACCGUUUGUUUCAAGGGCCGUAAUAAGGUUGAGAACCACUGGUCUAUGCUGUGUGCGCUUCAUUUGACUUGAACUAUAACAGACCUAUAGGUGCAGUUUUCAAUUUCUCUAAAAGUAAUGACUCUAAUGGGCAGUUUGGUCGUCAUUUGAGAUCCUCAGUCUUUUCCAGUGGCUGUGGGAAAGGUAUCAUAUCAGAAAGCUUGCUUUUUAAAACUGUUGUAAAUAACUGCGUAGCAAAACAGAACUCACUUGUCUUUUUUAAUCAUCUUAGAUAACAAUUCAUUGCAAUAAUGAAUAUAAAAGAAAAUGCCACUACUUGUAAUUAAGAUCAAAUCUUUUUUAUGAAUCUACAUAUUAUAUAUAAUACAAAUAAAUAUAUAUCUAUACGUCUAUAGAGAGCUAUAGAAAACAUCACAGAUUGUCAGAGGCCAUGGCAUACAUUCUGUUAUAUGGCUGUUUUUUGAUAACUUGAGAAUAUUAAUAUGCCACAGUCUUUGUGUGUCCUACUCAACACUGAAUGUCCAUCUGGCACUCACGCGGACACACACACGUAGAAACGCACGCACACACAUUGUUGCAUUCACAGGGUCAGCUCAGAGUGAUCACUCCAGCAUCAUGAGAGGUUCGGACGAUUUUUAUUUCUGCCUGUCUGUCUGUUCCACGAGUAGUUAUUCACUGUUUUUCAUUGUCCAGCAGUGUUUUUAUUCCAACAUCUUCUUCAAAGGCCCCUGAAACAGCGUGUAGAUGCCAGUAUUCAACACUGAAGUCCGUACAAUGAGAACACUUUUAGGCAGGCCUCUGGAGUGCAUGGGCCACUGUGAUUACAGUACUGUAGGGAGACAAUGCUGUCUGACAUUUGGAGAGUGUAGCAUUUGUGUUGCAUUUCAUAUCGCCUCGGUGCUUUUUGUUAUUUGUCUUCUCACCAGAUGUGAGUCAGCUACAGAAUCCAGUUCAAACUGAGCAGGGUCUGCACCUUUUCGGGACAAGAUAGAAAAUCUGUUAUAUUCUGUUGUGUUUGGCACAUCCACUUACUGCCAGCUUUGGGGAGAGGAAAAUAUACAUUGCAGUAAAAAUCAGAGGAACAAUUAGAAAAAGAACAGAAUAUAUUUUUAUGAAUUUACAUCAGUGCAGUUCUACUUCUUUAGUUGUAAUACAACUUAGCAUGGUGGUGAUGCUUACAUAGAGAGUGUGUCAUAAUACAAUGAUACUGUAUGUGGGAAUGAAAUAAUGUGUUCUGCCCUGCUCAAACCGUCGAUUCUUUCUUGUCUUUCAUUCUAGUCUUUUUCCCAUGUCCUCACUUUCUUUCUCUUGUUUUGUCUUUCCCCUUCUGCUUUCAUCUUUCUUUCGUUCCCACUAUAAGACUGAACUCUUUGUACAAAGUGCACAUCAGCAAUGACAAAUGACUUUAUUUUCUGCCCUGAUACACCACAAAAUAAUAGGAUAGAGAUGAAUUGAGAGCUUGAGACACCAAUUGACAACAAGUUUCUUCUGGCUCUUUGUUCUAAACAUUUCAUACCUUCUACGUUGUAACCUUUAUCAUUUCACAAAAGGAAAACACUGAAAAACAUCUCUGUAAAACUUCCAGGUACUUCAUCGUGCAUCAGUCCUGCAUCAAAUGUGUUCAAGUCAAACUCGACUUGAAAAGCAUAGAUAGAGGAUAAUACCGUAAAACAACAAGUAUCACAAACAGCAACCCUCUUUAUGGCUGAAAUAAAAAAAGGUAUACAGUUUCCAAUCACUUUCUCUCAGCCGAGGGGAUCAGUGCGGGAGUACUGCAGCAAUCCAGCAUGAGAGAAAUGAUGGAAAUAGUAGGUUUCUACGGUGGAUGUGUCUGUGAAGAGACAGUUAACACUGAUCUAGCUAUCACCACGCCAAACACCCCAGGCAGUUAAACUAUACAUGAUACUGUUGUGUUUAUUUCUUUGCCACCUCCAGUACAUGUGAUCUCAUGCAUAGACAGCAAAAAGGGGACUGCUAGGCUGUCAACACUCUGGCUUUAACACAGUCUCUUUCUUCCUUUGUUUCUGUCUUUCCAUUUGGUUUCUUUUUCUAGUAAAAACAUUAAUGCUGAA